ACAACAUUCUAGGGUUUCCAAAUCCUUUAUACAUCACAACAAAUUAGGGUUUUCAUUUCAACCCUGAAACGGCGAUUCAGUGAGAGAGAAAGAGGAACGAAGAUCGAAAAUGGUGAAAUUCCUCAAGCCAAACAAAGCCGUCAUCGUCCUUCAAGGCCGAUACGCAGGGAAGAAGGCUGUCAUCGUGAAGAAUUUUGAUGAUGGAACCCGUGAACGUGCUUAUGGUCAUGCCUUGGUUGCAGGGAUCAAGAAGUAUCCAAGCAAGGUUAUCAAGAAGGAUUCGGCGAAGAAAACUGCUAAGAAAUCGCGUGUGAAGGCUUUUGUGAAACUCGUUAAUUAUCAACAUCUGAUGCCUACUCGCUACACUUUGGAUGUUGAUCUUAAGGAGGUUGUUACCAAUGAUGCUCUUCUGAGUAAGGAUAAGAAGGUUACUGCUUUGAAAGAGGCAAAGAAGAGAUUCGAGGAGAGGUUUAAGACUGGGAAGAACAGGUGGUUCUUCACUAAGCUCAGGUUUUGAGGUUGAUUUGUUGGAAGCAGUUUUAGUUUUUCUUGAUUUAUCGUUGUUUAGCGUUGUUUUUUUUUGAAUCUGGGAAACGAUUUUGGAUUUGGAUUUGUUAUUUCAUAAUUUUAUGAAGUACUACUCUGAGAAUUUUAUA